CCUGAGAAAGCAGAUUAAUUAGAGAUAAGAGAGAAAUUAAAAGAGAAGUGAGAGCUUAAUUAGCUCGCAAGAAGCUUGCAAGUAGCAAUGGAGGCUGUGAAGAAGAGGCCUCUAGCAGCCAAGGAACCGAGGAAUGAAGUUGAUGGAGGAGGAGAAGCUGAUCAGGAGAGAUUUAUCAAGGUAUCACCAGCAAGAACAGGUGAAAGGUCAUCUACCAACACUGCAUCCAGGCCAUCUUCAAACUCAAAAGAUUCACCCACAAUCAGCCAGGAAGAUCAAAUACAGUCUACAAAAGCAGAAAUAGGAGAGGUUAAAGAAGAGAAUGAAAGGCUGAAGAAUUUACUAUCACAAAUUGUGAAAGAUUACCAGUCUCUUCAGAUGCACUUCUUUGACAUAGUGAAGCAAGAACAACCAAACUUAGUUACUAAGCCAACAGAUGAGCUGACAGCCAUUAAAACUCAUGAAGCAGAAGAAACUGAACUUGUUUCUCUCAGACUUGGAAGUAACUCAGUUACUACUGAUCACAAGAAGCAGCUUGAAGAGAAGUUGAUCAAUACAAGUUCUAAGAGUAAAGAAAAUGGUCAUAUAGAAGAAGGCUUGACUUUAGGCUUAGAUUGCAAGUUUGAAGGUUAUACUAAUAAGAAUAAUAGUGAAUGUAAAGAAGUAGCAUCUAACCCUAGUUCUGAUAAUAGUAUUGAUGAGAUGAAAGAAGAAGAAGCUGUUGAGCCAUGUCCACCAAAUAAAAUGUUGAAGAAUUUGAGAACUGGAGAUGAUGAAGUUUUACAGCAAACACAUGUCAAGAAAGCGAGGGUAUCUGUGAGAGUGAGAUGCCAAACUCCAACGAUGAAUGAUGGAUGUCAAUGGAGGAAGUAUGGGCAGAAGAUUGCAAAGGGGAAUCCAUGCCCUAGAGCUUAUUAUCGAUGCACAGUUGCACCAGCUUGUCCUGUGAGGAAGCAGGUGCAAAGAUGUGCUGACGACAUGUCAAUUUUAAUUACAACUUAUGAAGGAAAUCACAAUCACCCUCUUCCAAUGUCAGCCACUGCCAUGGCCUCAACCACCUCUGCCGCCGCGUCAAUGUUAAUGACCGGCUCCUCUACCACCCAUUCAUCCGGCAUUCCAGACGCCUUCCCUUCCUCCGCUUCUCCCAUCAUCACCGGCGUAAAUUCCGGCCUUCAUAAUCUAAACUUCAGUCUAUCAAACAACACAAGAACAACACCUUUCUAUCUUCCCAACACCACAAUCUCUCCUUCUCCUUCUUACUCCACAAUCACCCUCGACCUCACUGCUCCGCCUUCUUCAACCGCCCAAACCUCUCAAUUCAAUAGGUUCUCUUCAAGUUCUAGUUCAAGCUCAAGCUUUAGCAUCUCUAUGCCAUCUUCUUGGAGUAGUAGAUCCGGCUACAUGAGUUGUGCAGCUCAUGAUCAAUCCUACAAGCCAAAUUAUCCUCACGACUCUUUCUACCAAUCUUAUAUGCAGAAUCCAACUUCCAUGGCAUCUAUGAAUCAAAAUUUUUUUACUGACUCAAUUGCGAAGGCAAUCACGUCAGAUCCGAGCUUCCAAUCGGCGCUACAAGCUGCAAUUACAACUUAUGUUGGAGCAAGUGGAAGCCAAAGCGGUCAAGUUCUUCACCAUGCACAGAGUUAUGCUGGUAAUGAGUAUAGUACAGCAUCCGGUCUGUUCACAACAAGUGUUCCAUCUAGCUCUAGUGCUCAACAAGGGAACUUAAUGGCUAUGUCGAGCUCCAAGAGUACAGCAUCUGCAUCACCAGUGGAUCAUAUUAGUUGGGAAAACAUGAAGUGAAGCUUAAUUGGAGUUACAUAUGCAGAUCAAAACAUUUAAUUGAAAUUUUAUCUUAAUUACCUUAUGAACAAGAUGGAAGUGGAGGAUGGUGUAGAUAUUGAAACUAAUGAAUGUCAUUUAGCAAAACUUUUUCUUGUCUCUUAGAUAUUCAUUAAAUAUG